CUGGAGCAGGAGGAGAGUAGACGUGUCCUUCUGAGCUCCGAGGAGACGCCGAUCUGGACACCAACUUCAGGGUCGUGAAGGAAGAAGGCUUCAGGGUCGUGAAGGAAGGCUUCAGGGUCGUGAAGGAAGGCUUCAGGGUCGUGAAGGAACGCUUCAGGGUUGUGAAGGAAGGCUUCAGGGUCGUGAAGGAAGGCUUCAGGGUUGUGAAGGAAGGCUUCAGGGUCGUGAAGGAAGGCUUCAGGGUCGUGAAGGAAGGCUUCAGGGUCGUGAAGGAAGGCUUGAAGACCAUGAAUGAAGACUUAGAGAACGUGAAUGCAGACUUCAAACCUAUGAAUGCAGACGUCAGAACCAUGAAUGCAGACUUCAGAACCAUGAAUGCAGACUCCAGGACCAUGAAUGCAGACUUCAGAACCAUGAAUGCAGACUCCAGGACCAUGAAUGCAGACUUCAGAACCAUGAAUGCAGACUUCAGGACCAUGAAUGCAGACUCCAGGACCAUGAAUGCAGACUCCAGAACCAUGAAUGCAGACUUCAGAACCAUGAAUGCAGACUUCAGGACCAUGAAUGCAGACUCCAGGACCAUGAAUGCAGACUUCAGGACCAUGAAUGCAGACUUCAGGACCAUGAAUGCAGACCUGCCACGGACAUCGUCAGAUGAAAGCAGUUCUUUCGACAAGUCAACUUCUGUCAGCUCAGACAACAGCUUCUCAGAUUAUAAUGGGAAUGAUGAGAUGUACGAAGACCUUAGGAAUCCUGAUGUUAGCAGUGAGAGACGUAGAGACAGCUGUUCCUCCUGCUGUAGUCACUGCUCUUCAGUGUAUUGCAGUGAUAACUCGACGUCUGCUGCCCUUGAUAACUCUACGUCUGCUGCCCCUGAUAACUCUACGUCUGCUGUCCCUGAUAACUCGACGUCUGCUGCCCUUGAUAACUCUACGUCUGCUGCCCCUGAUAACUCUACGUCUGCUGCCCUUGAUAACUGUACGUCUGCUGCCCCUGAUAACUCUACGUCUGCUGCCCCUGAUAACUCGACGUCUGCUGCCCUUGAUAACUCUACGUCUGCUGCCCCUGAUAACUCUACGUCUGCUGCCCCUGAUAACUCCACGUCUGCUGCCCCUGAUAACUCUACGUCUGCUGCCCCUGAUAACGCUACGUCUGCUGCCCCUGAUAACGCUACGUCUGCUGCCCCUGAUAACGCUACGUCUGCUGCCUCUCCUGCUGACCCUAACGUCUCACCAUCCACCACUGAAGACAGACGAGGGAGUAACGAAGGAACAGGGAACGUACCAGCUUGUGGCUGUCAGGGUUGUUACUGUGUGUCAAGGCUGCAACAUUCGUUCCCCCUGGCAGGGUCAUCCCUGGCAGGGACAUCCCUGGCAGGAACAUCCCUGGCAGGGUCAUCCCAGACAGGGACAUCCCUGGCAGGGUCAUCCCAACCAGUAGGACGUCACACAUCAGUACAGGACACACACACAACCUCCUUCAGUAUGAUCAACCUACUUCAAGCAACACACGAGCCAGCUACUCCAGCAGAUGGGAAGUCUUGCAAUUGCAGUCAGUGUUGCAACAUUUUUGCUAGUGGGCCAAGUCCUCUCCCAUCUCCCACUGCACCUAACCACUGGAGUGAAACACACACCCCUAACACCACAGAACAGAACUCUGCAUGCUGCAACAAUGCUGGCUGCCAAGGGCAUGGAAAAUAUGCUAGCAACGAGCAGCGGCAUAUCUCUGUCCCACAGAUGUUUAAGUGUGACGAGUGUGGUCAGAUUUUUGUCCAAGAGAUUAACUUCAAGAAACACGUUCUUCGCUUCACCAACCAAGAGACAGAGAAUGGAUUUAAGUGUUUCUACUGCAGACAUGUGUUUCCUAGUGCAUGUGGUCGCAAGCAUCACCACAUAAUGCACAGACAACAACAUAGAAAUACUCCCGUCCUGGAGAAUACAUGUAGUGUGUGUAGCGUCAAGUUUAAAACCAGUAAAGGUCUUGAAGAACACCAGCGUCAGUUUAUGACCAACACUGAGAGAAGGAUCUUCAAAUGUUUCUUCUGUAGUCAUGCAUUUGUUUCCGAAAUAAGUCGUAUUUCCCAUGAAAAACUGCAUGGUAAGCAGCGCCGGUUACCUUGCUGUUGCUGCGGUUCACACUUCCCCUCCAGAUACUCACUUCGAGUUCAUGGCAUUAAGAAGAACAUCCAGAUGCCUCCUCGAUGCCUUGAUUGUGGGAUCAUAUUUACCAAGAAAAGUUACCUUGAUGAUCAUGUUGUCUCCGUCAGGAGGAACUUACCCUUCAUUUGUUCUGUCUGUAACCACAAAUUUCAAACUAAGUUAGCCUUAACCAGACAUGGAAAAUUACACAGCAGGAAGAGGGAAUUUGAGUGUCCAUCUUGUAUGGCUCGUUUUGUGAGUGAGACUCGUCUGGUGGACCAUAUAUAUGGCGUCUCCAAGAAGGUCAAUUCUGCCAAGAAAAUUCGUUUAAUUCUGGACCCUAACCAGGACAACAUAUCAGUUACCUAAGUCAAUCAUGGAUUCUAACCAUCAAUUCCGUGUGUCAGCACAACAUUAUCAACUACCAUCUUCAACUUGCUAUCCAUUACCGUCUUCCAUCAGACGUGUUUGUUAUAGAUCACAUAGAACAUUGAACAAUGUCUCGUCAAUCUCAACUAUCUCUCAAACAAUCGCAGUUACUGCGAGACAUUUAGGUAUUUAAAGCUUUUGUUCCAUUUGAAGUGAAUUGCAGAGGAUUGAGGGGAUAUAACCGCGAGGGUCGUCCAUAUAACCACGAGGGUCGUCCCUGAAGUUACUUCAACUUUAUUCACAUUCAAUAAUACCUUCCCAUAGUUAUUCUCUAUAUUUUUCUCCACAGUUUUCACAGUGAAUAUUGAUGUCUUAUCUAUUGUAUAACUGUUAUUGUAUUAGUCAUUAUUAAUACAUAAUACAGCCCCUGACUGUAUUUAUACAUCAUUGUAUAACUGUCCACAAGCAGAUAUUUGUAGCCUACAUUUUUGCGGCUUAAAAAAGGAAUUCUUUGAUUUUUAUUUUUUAUUUUUUAUUCUAUAUUUUAGUUAAUAAAACCCAGAAUAAUGAGUAUAUUUAGUGCCUUAAUUUAGGCCUAUUUUUUGUAAUUUUAAACAUUAUCACAUAGGUGGAAUGUGUUAUGUUGAUAGGCCUAAGAUAGGCCUAGGUUACAAAUAUUGUGUUGAGAUCAGUUAACUCACGGAAUUUAUGUUAAUAGGCUUAAGGCCGAAAUUCUUGAUAUAUUGCUAGGCCUAAGGUUCAUUAUUGUCUUAAGUUGUU